AUGACUCUUCGUUCGAAACGAGUUGUUUUUGAGAAGGCUUUUGCCGAAUUUAGACAGGAUCUGGAAAAAAUGUUUAAUUUCACUGGAUUAGAUCAGGUUUCGGGAAUGAAAAUGUAUCAAUUGGUAUAUGACAUGUGUACUGCUACGCCAAGGCCCCACACCGAAAAAUUGUUUAAUGCUAUAGCUGGAUUUUUGAAUGAUUAUACAAUACAAAUAAGAGCGUCGAUUUUAAAUCACGAUGAUGUGGUUAGUGCUUAUGCUAGAGAAUGGAAACAUUAUAGUCUCGCUGCAGGAUUUUCGAGUAUGAUAUGUGACUAUCUUAAUAAACUUUUGGUAAAUAGCAAAUCAAGAGCUAUAUCCGAUAGAAAAAUGACAGUACAAGGUGGUAACUAUAGACGACAGACCGUUCAAGCUUUGGCAUACCUUAUAUGGAAAAAGCAGAUUGUUUAUUCUAUCAAGGAAAAACAUUCUGAUAGAUUCAUGCAUCAGAUAUUUGAAAUGAUUCGAAGAGAUAGGGAUGGAGAAGAUACUGUACCUGAUGUUGUGUCAGACGCAAUUAUAUCACUUGUUGAGCUCAAUAAUUUGACUGAGAAUCCUUUAAGUCUAUAUAUUGAAGAAUUCGAGAAGCCAUAUUUGAAAAAUACACGACGAUAUUAUGAAAGGGAGUCUGCCGCACUUAUGCUUUUUGAUAUCAUUAAACAGGCUUCUCAAAGAUUAUACGAGGAAAAGGCACGAAACUCGAAAUAUUGUCAUCAAUCAUCACAUGAUAUUAUAAUCAAAGAAUGCGAAACGCAAUAUAUAGCUGUACAUCAAACAAUAAUUCAGGGUGAAUUUGAGGCCAUGAUUUCAAAUGAGAGAUAUGAAGAUUGUACGAUGGCCUAUACACUUUUGUCUUGUAUUCCUAGCGGUGUAAAUCCUUUAUUAGAAAUAUUUGAAAGAUAUAUUACAAAUAUCGGUAAAGGACUGAUAGUUAGGAUGGGAAAUUCUAUUGCUAAGGACCCUAGAGAAUAUGUAGAAUCUCUUUUGAAUCAUCAUUCAAAAUAUUUGACAGUUUGUCAAAAAGUUUUUGUCAAUGGUGCAGCUUUUGUUGCUGCAGUUGAUAAGGCUCUUAGAGCAAUUGUUAAUAAUGCAACUAUAAAUCCCAUUGCUCAUUCUCCUGAGGUUAUGGCCCGUUAUUGUGAUGUAUUAUUGAAAAAGACUCACAAAGGAGGAUGGAGCGAACUCGAAGUUGAGGAUAAAUUAAAUCGAAUGAUUAUUCUUUUCAAGUAUAUUGAAGAUAAAGACGUUUAUCAAAAAUUCUAUUCUAGAAUGCUUGCGAAACGUCUUAUAUAUGGAAAUUCCGCGUCAGAGGAAGCGGAGAUGAAUAUGAUUUCCCGAUUAAAAAGUGCAUGCGGUGUUGAAUAUACUAGUAAAUUACAAAGGAUGUUUACUGAUAUCACGAUUAGUGCAGAUGUCAAUAAAGAUUUUUCAGAUUUUCUAAAAAAAAAUCCGAUGAAUAUUGGUGUUGACUUUUCUAUCUUGGUAUUAACUGCCGGUGCUUGGCCAUUAACGCAAAUUUCAGCUACUGAAUUUCAAUUGCCAACAGAGUUGGAAAAGAGUGUGACUCAUUUUUCAACCUUUUAUAGUAAUCAGCAUAGCGGUAGAAGAUUGACAUGGUUAUGGCAUUUGUCUAAAGCUGAUGUGAAAUUAACGUACCUUGACAAACGUUAUGAAUUUUCCGUGUCUCUUUAUCAGCUUGGUGUUUUACUUUUGUAUAAUGGUGCAGAUAUGUUUACGUUUAAAGAAAUAAUAGAACACACAGGGCUUAACGAUCAAGAACUGAGAAGGGUUAUGAAGCCAAUGAUAGAUUUGGCGGUUUUCAUAGUUUCAAAACCUAGUGGUUCUCUUAGCGAUGAAACUGAAAUAAAAUUAAACUUGGAAUUUUCAAAUAAACGAAAUAAAAUUAAGGUUAGCUCAUCGUUACAAGCUGAAACACCACAAGAAACUGACGCAACACGAAAAGCAGUUGACGAUGAUCGAAAACUUUAUCUUCAGGCUGCUAUAGUACGUGUUAUGAAAUCUCGAAAAACUUUAACACAUGCACAAUUAAUAAAAGAAGUUAUUGAUCAAGCAAGAUCACGGUUUACCCCCAACGUACCAAUGAUUAAAAAAUUACGGCUCGAGGGCCGCGAAAUACCUGUUGAUAUUGAUUAUUCACAAGGAACUUCUGUUCAAGCUGUGCUUGAAAGGGCAUGUAGAACUUUGGGUAUAUAUGAUUCAUGGAAUUAUGCUUUAUAUAGCGAAUUAUUUAAAACUUGGUUAUGCGAUUCACACUUAUUGUCAUCAUACCCGGCUGAGGAUACAUUGGUAGUUCGAAAAAAGACACCGGAAUACCUUGAACUUGUAUAUAAUGAAGAAAAUCCAAAAAAGCGUUCGGUUUCAUCAAAUGGUUUAUCUCCAAAUACCUCUGUACAAACAAUAAAACGGCUGGGAGUUUUUAGUAGUACAAAGACGUGUUUGAAAACGCGUUUUCAGCCAGAAACAAUUUAUUUAUCUGCUAUCUUGUUUACAAGUGAUAACAAAGUAUUGAUAACAUCAAGUGCAAAAAUGUUUCCUACUGUUGAAGUUAUAAAGGAUAGUAUAAUAUUUGGUAAUGUUGAAGAUGAUAGUGAAGAAUUCGCACAUGUUAUAAGAACAUCUCUGGAUUGGGCUACUUCAACUGAUUUUGAUACUAAAGAAGAUAAUUCUAGUGAUUCUGAUUCUUUCCACUCUUCUCAAUCAAAUUCAAGUAAUGGUACUACAGGAGAUUUUGAUCAUAAUCAUUCUCAAUUUUAUGGUGAUCAAGAUACUCCAUGGUCACGUGCUUUUGGUCAAGCCGCUUUAAGAUUAAAGAAUGAAUUAUCAUUAGAAUCAUUAGGAAUAUUAUACGAACAUGUUGUAUAUAUGAAUACAUCAAAAUCAAAAUUUAUUGUAGCUCUUCAACAUGUACCGAAUUGUAUUAGAGAAGAAAUUGCUCCUGAUUUGAUAAAAUCCGGUACAUUAAAAUGGAAAAGUUUUGAAGAAUCAAAUUCUAUUUAUCAAAAAGAUCCACAUCCUGUUUGGUCUAAUUAUAUAGAAAAAUGGUGCUCACGUCAAACGAAAUUAUCCCCUGGACUUUAUUUAGGUGUUUUAUAUACCGAAAGUACUUUACAAGGUAUUAAAAUAUUAGUACCAAAAGAUCGUAAACAAUUUAUUCCUUUAGGUAAAGUUCGUGACGAAGCUAGAAUUACUCCUGAGGAGGCAAGCUGGAUUAAAUCAUUAACUUGUUUAAGUCAGGAUUGUUUUGUGGAUUCAGUAAUGGCUACAAAAUCUGAUAAGAACCAUAAUAAGUCAACUUUAGGACAAUUUCAAACUUCUUUUUUAGAUUGUUAUUACAAGUUACAACAUGACACAAGCCUUAAUUGGGAUUCUGGUGAUAUUUAUAGUGAUCAAACCGUUGAUAUUUAUUUAGAUUUACAAACUAAUCAAAUGUAUACAAUGAUGGGUGAAUUGGAUGAUAAUAUUAUUGAACAAUGUGGUAACUUUUCUUCAUCUCCAACCGAUUUAUAUCUGGAUCCAAAUGGAGAGGAGGAAAAAGAUAAACUAAAGGAAUUGCAAAAAUCUCAAAAAGAAGAAAAAUCAGAGGAACAAAAGCGAGCGGAUAAACAUCAAGGUUUUACGCAAGAUGAACAAGACGAUUAUACCAUUAACAUUAAUUUUGAUUCACCCGAUAAAGAAAAUAUUUUAAGUGCAGCGAGUGCACCAGAAUCUGAAGUUGAAGAUGAUGUUGGUUCAAUUGUGAAAACUUGUACUUCGACGGGUGCCGCAACUUCUAUCGCUGAAGAAGCUGUUUCACAUAUGGCUUCAUCGUUCUCCUCUUUUAACACCGGAAAUACGAUUCGACCUUUUAUUCGUAUUAUUAUGAUUGUUAAACCUAUGCGUCAACCACAUCACAUUCGUGGCCCUUAUUAUUCUCGCUUAUGCAUGCUAUAUCCUUUUCCUUUAUAUGACGCUCUUCAGCACGCUACAUUUAAUACUUCUUUGUACGCUUGUUCUCGCCGUGCAAUGCAAAUUUUACAAGCUUCUCGAACCUAUUUCACUCAAGAAUUAGUUAGACAUUUACAAAAAGUUGAUAAUUUCUCUGAAGUUAACGAACAAAACCUUGAAGAUUUCUUUUUUGAUCCAGAUGAAUUCAACAAAUUUCCUGAUGAUGCACGUAGAAUUCAACAAGCCAUUGAUGUAAUUCGUGAUGAAAUUGUUACUUUAAGACAGCAAUGGAAUGCUGCUUCUUGGACAAUGACAGCAAUCGAAUGGGAUCGUCAAAGAACAAUGCAAGCGUAUAGUUUUGGUGGACGACCAAUGACUCUUAAUGUUUCCAAAUCAGCAGGUCAAAGUCGUGCCGCUUCAGUUUAUAAUUUAAGUCUUUCCAAUAAUAAUGAUGACGAAAGUCCCAACAGGAAAAGAUUAUCUACAACUUCUAGGAUUUCUACUGCCGAUACAGUUUCACAUAUUGAGAUUCUUCGAGAUGUUAUGUUUCAUGCUCCUGAUCGUGCUUGGAUAUUAGCUGCAUAUUUAGCCUCUUUACCUGUUCUUGCAACUCCAACAUUAAAACGGUCACCUUCAAUAUCUUCUACGAUUUCAACAAUUUCAUCUAAUGCUUCUUCAGGGGCAAUAAAUCCUCUUCCUUCAAGAAAGAAAUCGGCCGGACAUCGUCUUAUGAGAACUUUUGGUUUCGGUGGAAAUCAUAAUGGUAAAAAAUUUUUAUCCAAAAGAGCAAAUUCAAAGAAAAUAAAAGAAGUUCAAAUUGACGAUCAAAGUAGUAUAAUUAAUUUUGAAAGUGAUGAUACAAUUACUAUUAUUGUUCCUCCUCGAUCACAAACUCCAUUAACUUCAUCAUUUACUAAUGAACCUACUAAGCUUGAAGUUGAAACAAUGGAAAUUCAGCAUAAUGAUAUAUCGGAAGAACAUGAAUCAUCAACUAAUUCCCAACAAGAAAUAAUAGUAGUUGCAAAGGAUGUUGAAAUUUCAUCUCAAAUUGUUAUUAAUAAUUUCGAGAAAGAGGAUUUAAACGAGAACGUUGAUGAUACCAACGAACAUGAUGAUAGUAGUAAAGUAAUCACGGAGAAUGAUGAUGAGGAAAUACAAUAUGAGAAUAAGACUAUUAUAGAGUCCGAAUCAAUGCCAAAUCAUCAACAUAAAACGGUUGAGAUGUUUGAAUCUGAAUUAAAAUCAACUUCACAAAUGGAGUCCGAAACUUUUACAAUACCUCAUAAUGAAGAAAGCAACUUUGAUGAUGCUGAAAUGAUUAAUAUUAGUACUAUUGAAUAUAGUAUUACUUCUUCAAUUAAUACAUUUUUAGAACUCGCUGGAAGAGAGGAAGAGUCUCCGGCAGACGAAAUCAUUCAGAAAAAGAAUAUAACACAAAUCAUUUUGGAUAGUAUUUCAGAAAUUAGUGAGGAAGUAAUCAAUGAGAAUAUUGUUAACGACAUCAUAAAUGAAAAUGAAAGCGAAGAUGAAUUCUUCAGACUAAUGGAAAUUUUUGAUAACAUUAAUAAUGAAGAAAAUACUGUUAUGGAAAAGGAAGAUGAAACUGUCGCUGCCAUGAAUGCUCGCCUUGACGAUAUAAUUGAUGCAAUUACCGAUAACCUUUGUGCGCGUCGAACAAGUCCUACAACUCCACAUUUUCCUCCUCCUUUAUUCUUACGUUCAAUAUCUCCGACACCUUCAGCACCAUAUUUUCCAGCUGAAAUUUUAUAUUCACCUGAAACAUCAAUACCUAAAACUCCCGAUUUUCCUCCUCCAGAAUUGUCUAAUGAAUUUUCGGCACCACCAACACCUCAACUUGUCCCACAAACAUUAUCAGAAAUCGAUUCUGAUAGUCCUCCGUUAGUUCCUUUGUCCUCUCCAUCAUCAGUAACACCAUUACACACGUCAAUUCCAUCAACGCCACAGUUCUCACCUUCAGCUCAAAAUUCAAGGCCAUCAACACCUCAAUUCAAUACAACAAAUUUAUUUGAAGAAUUAAAACAUGCAAAAUAUCGAUUAGACUUUCAGUAUAAAUCUCCUCCUAGUACAUUAUAUGAGGAAUUAACGAAGUCACCACCACCUUUUCAAUAUUCAAGACCACCAACUCCACAAGUUUCUCCGCCCAUUUCUCCAUCAUCGCUUCCUCCUCUUCCUUUAUCAACCCCAUCAACUCCAGCAACUCCACGAUCAAUUCUUUCAGCAUCACAGUCUCUAUUUUCUGCUCAGGCAUCCUCAAAUACGACAUUAACAGAUCUUCCUGAGACUACGAGUCAACCUUCAACUACGAAGUCGUCUUCCUCAUCUUUUUUUCCGAUAUUACGAACGACGACUCCGCCACCCUUAAAAGUUAACACUAAUUCAAUUUCGUCAUUUAAAUCAACUUUGUCAUCACCAAUCCCAUCAAUGAUACCUAGACCUCCAAUUUUUCGAUCAUUAUCUGUACUAUCUACACCUCCCCCGUUACCUCUUUCAUCAUCAACUCGUCCGCCGCCACUUCCACUUCCUCCAUCAUGGCCAAAACUUAAAAAAACUAAAAGACCUGAACCAAAGAAGAACGAAUUAGAGCCUGAAGUAGAUCAAUCUGACUUUCGUCGUAAACCACGUUCUAGAGCUGCGAGCUUUUCUGAAGGAAGUGGUUUAGAGAUGAAGAAUAUACUAAAUGCUAAUUAUCAUCCGCAACGAGCAGCAUCAGAACUUGGUUUUAAUGAUGUAGCUGAACAUAAUAAUGAUGCGGGCGUUGAUUUAGAACCACAAAAGAUUAUAAAUGAUAAUGAUGAAGCUUUAAAGAUUACUUCGAACAAUUCGAACAAUAAUUCGGUUACAGUAAAUGGGUUUAAAACACCUUUUAUAAAAUCACAAACUAAAAAUAAUAAAAAUUUAUUUAUUAUUAAAAAAUUAAAAAAAGUUGAGUAUGAUGGAAUGACUAAUGAAGAUGUUCAAAUGAAUUCAAUGUAA